UAGUGUAAAAAAUAAGGAUAAUUAAUUACCCAUUAAUUCUUCGAGAUACAUAUCCAUUGUUUUCCAGCGUCAAUAAACCCUUUUAUCUUGAAAAAAAUUAUAGCUAAUUUAAUCAAUUUAGAUAUUUACUGUGCAGGGAACCGUUAUCAAGUCAAACGCCAGUACAAAAUACAGACUGCAAAAUUUGAAAAAAAAACUCGUGAUCGAAAUUAGUGAUUGGAGAAUCAACAAUUGGCUCUCUCGUAUUGUACUGAUUGAGCGAUGAAAAUUACCUCUCUAGUACCCCUUCUGGAAUUUAUCCAUCUCAUGAAUCAGGUGUGGUGCAGUGUUGAUUUAGAGUUCGAAGUGGUCUCAUUUGCCAACCCUAACUCCAAACUGAAAUCGGGCGAGUGCUGCUUCGGAAAAGAGGGCUCCCGGGGAAGGUGUCCCCUAACCUGUCGCACUUUCUUCACCGCCUGUGCGUACGGAAGCUCCGGCAACUGCCAGACCAGACACUACACCCACUUGCAAUCCAGUGGGGUCAUGGGCAAUAGCACCUUUGGAAGCAAUGCAGUCUACACUGGAAAGAACAGUCGAUAUGUGAUCAGAGGGAAAACCAGGGAAAACAUCCAGGAAGGAGUGACGUUGGACAUUGAGGCAAACAACAAGGAUUCAAGUUCUUCAAAUUCGUCCCUGAUAGCCGAGUUCCGAGUUGAUUUUGGAGACAUGAUGGGUAAGUUGAACUCGUGGUCUUCUAUCAUUCGCUCUGACGUGCUCUACUCCAGUGGGCGAGUGUCGAUUGAGGUGCGGGGUCGGGUGUCAUGCUCGGAGAACUUCUUCGGGUCCGAUUGUGAAAAGAAGUGUGUGGAAGAGCCUCUUUACAAUCAAGUGUGUGAUGAGAAGGGGCACAUCAUCUGUGCUCCUGGCUACGGCGGCCCUAUGUGCGAUCAACCAAUAUGUGACGAGGGCUGUGAGAAUGGGUUCUGUGGGGGUCCCAACAAGUGUGUAUGUCACCCUGGCUUCUCUGGUCCCACCUGUGGGGAGUGUGUGACGUCACCUGGCUGCAAACACGGCUACUGCUCCGGACAGAGGCCAUCCACCUGCUCCUGUGAGGUGGGCUGGGGAGGAAACCACUGUGAUAUAGAUCUGGAGUACUGCACCAGAAUGAAGCCUUGUGUGAACGGAGGAAAGUGUCUGGCGGCCAGUGAUGCUGAUUCCCUGUUCAAGUGCCAGUGCCCGGACGGGUUCUCUGGCGCCAAAUGCCAACACUCUUCCAGCUGCUCUGCUCCUGGCUACUGCCAGAAUGGGGGCUCAUGUCUCGAUCCACAGUCAAGCAUCUGUGAGUGUCCUAAGACCUGGACGGGUGCAAGAUGCGACGUGAUAGCAACAUGUGACAUUGUCAGUUGCCAAAAUGGGGCCACAUGCGAGAGAUCUAUCACCACAAAUGAGCUGUACUGUGCGUGCCCUACUGGAUAUGUCGGAAGUUUCUGUGAAAUUGAGGAUCCAUGUGAAACUAGAGAUAACGAACCUGCAUGCAAAAACGAUGGAAUUUGCAUAUCUCACAAUGACGGGACCUUCGAAUGUCUAUGCGAGAGAACUUUCGUCGGCAGCAAAUGUGAGACGCCUGCUUACAAAUUAUCAUGCGACCAGAACCCAUGUCAAAAUGGAGGAAGUUGCAUUAAGUUUGCAAAUGACGUGAGAUGCAAUUGUGCGAAUGGAUACACAGGCAGUUUUUGUACAAUCAAAAGGAACCCCUGUCAUGAUAACCCAUGUCUAAAUGGGGCCAAAUGCAUAUCUACAGAUAAUGACUCUUACAAGUGCAGAUGCCAGGAAGAGUUUUUCGGGAAAUAUUGUCAGUACAGGAACCCAAAUUUUGGGAAAGUUGACGAAACUACAUCAGAAACUUAUAAACUAACCACUCCGGAAUCAUCUCACCCUAUAUUUAAACGACCACGGCCAGACAGCCAAAAAAGUAACCAGAGCAACGGAGUAAAAUCGGAAGAAAUCAAGUCAGAAGUCAGAAACUCAAAAUGA